CAUAACAUUUGUUCAAGUUUGAAAAAUCACUUGAUUUGUUUCUAACUUUUUAAAUAUAAAAUCAAUAAUUGAUGUCUCAUAACAGAACUUUAAUAUUACUUACCGAUACAAUAAAAUACAAUGAUAAUAGUGACUCCAGUAGUUGGAGUGAUAUGAGUUUUGUAAAAUCAGAAUCAUCUGAAGACGACGAUGAAGAUGAUAGGUUAUUUUUUCCAUUGAUGCACUAUUUAUCACGAUUACGAAGAAAGAGAUUAGACGAAUAUUUACACAUGGUGGAUUCAUGGUCUGAUUCUGAAUUUAAGAAUCGUUUACGCCUUUCUCGUAAAACUGCAUACACCCUUAUUGAUGAAUUAGAAAAGUCUGGAUUUAUAGCACAACACAAAUUUGGUUUAAAGCCUCUGGAACCAAAGUUGUGUUUUUAUAUAUUCUUGUCAUUUAUUGCAAAUACUGAACCUCUAACACCAAUUGCAACAAGAUUUGACAUUUCAGUCUCAUCAGCUUUUCGAGUAAUAAGAAGAGUAGUAGCUUGGUUACUGACAAAAUUGAAUGAUGUUAUAAAAUGGCCUGCAAACUACACAGAAAUACAGACAACUUGUGAUGAUUUUCAAACUAAAACAGGAAUAUCCGAUGUAUUGGGAGUAAUUGAUUGUAUGCAUAUAAAGAUUGAAAAGCCAAAAAAUGCAGCAGCUUAUUAUAAUUCUAAAGGAUAUUUUUCACUUAUAUUACAAGCAACAUUUGAUGCAAAUAUGAGGUUUAUUAAUGUUUAUUGUGGAGAACCAGGAUCAUCAAGUGCUGCCAGAGUGUUAAGAAAGUCUCCACUAUACCAGACAGCAUGUCAGAAUAGAGAAAGAUUAUUGCCACAGAAUACUUUCCUCAUUGGACAUUCAGGGUACUCCUCACUACCUUGGCUUAUGGGACCAUUUAGGGAAAGUAAUAGAUUAACAGUGCAACAAAGAGAGUUCAAUACAUUACAUGCCUCUGCAAGAAUAGUUAGCAAGAAAGCAUUUAAGCUCCUAAAGAAUAGAUUUAAGAGAGUAAAAUAUUUUGCGGUAUAUAGAAAUAUUGCUUUUAUCAUAGAUACUGUUGUAGCAGCAUGCAUUUUACACAACUAUUGUGUCAGUGAAAAUGACCAUUUUAAUCUGACUGAUUCAUGAAGAAAUGAACAAUUCACAUUUGG